UCAUGACUGAUUGGAUAAGAUAUGUAUUUAAAAACGUGGAGUGGGAUGAACACAGUUUUAGUAAACAGUGGUCGAAGAAGAAGAAGAAGAAGAAGAAGACAUCUUUGCUGCAACUGAUCUGGAUAAGUCAUGAGUGGAUGUCCGUACUUUGAGAAGAGGCAUUUGUUAUUCAAAAAUAAACCUCCCAAAACAGAGGAGGACGACGAUGCCUCUCAGGCAGGGGUUAACAAGGCAAGCAAAGGAGGAAUCAUCUAUGGAGACUACCUGCAGCUCGAUAAAAUAGUCUCAGCCCAGGUACUGCAAAGUGAACUAAAGGGCAACAAGAUCCAUGAUGAGCACCUCUUCAUUGUCACACAUCAAGCCUAUGAACUGUGGUUCAAACAGAUUUUGUUUGAACUUGAUUCUGUGCGAGAGAUCUUCAUCAGUGGACAUGUCCGAGAUGAACGCAAUAUGCUCAAAGUCAACACUCGUAUCCACAGGAUCGUAAUGAUCUUCAGACUGCUGGUCGACCAGUUUGCCGUCUUGGAAACAAUGACAGCCUUGGAUUUUUUUGACUUUAGGGAAUACCUGUCUCCAGCCUCUGGCUUCCAAAGCCUUCAGUUUCGUCUCUUGGAAAACAAAAUUGGUGUCCCAGACAACCUGAGGGUCCCAUACAACCGACGCCAUUACAGAGACAAUUUCAAAGGUCAUGACAGUGAACUGCUGCUUGGCACUGAACAGGAGCCCACACUCUUAAAGCUGGUCGAGGAGUGGCUUGAGAGAACUCCUGGUUUGGAGGUGGAUGGAUUCAAUUUCUGGGAAAGGCUGGAAAUCAAUAUAUUUGAUGGGAUGAAUCAGGAGAAGGAAAAAAUCGAGAAAAUGCCAGACACUGAAGAGAAGGAGGAACUGAUGGCUGAGCUGGUCAAACAGAGAGAGCUCUUCACAUCUCUGUUUGAUGAAAAGCGUCAUGACCACCUCGUCAGCAAAGGCGAGAGGCGGGUCUCUUACAAGGCUCUGCAAGGUGCUCUGAUGAUUUACUUCUACAGGGAAGAGCCAAGGUUCCAGGUUCCCUUCCAGCUGCUCACAUCCCUCAUGGAUAUUGACACACUCAUGACAAAAUGGAGAUAUAAUCACGUGUGCAUGGUACAUCGCAUGAUUGGCAGUAAAGCUGGAACAGGGGGCUCAUCUGGCUACCACUACCUGAGAUCUACUGUCAGUGACCGCUACAAAGUGUUUGUGGAUCUGUUCAACCUGGCAACUUUCCUGGUGCCUCGCACCUGGGUGCCCAAGCUGAAUCCCAAUGUUCAUACCUUUCUCUACAUGGCCGAGUGCUGCGACAGCUCCUACUGCAGCAGUGAAGACUCAGACUAGAGUGCGACACAUCAUCUGUCCUGGCACUGGGUCAUUUUCUCAGCUGCAAAGUCUGACUGGUGUGUGGGUGAAUACAAGGUUAUUAAAGAAACUCAUUUUAUAGAUGUCGCCUCAGCCACAUAAAGGUACUUAAGAAAGCCCAGCCGUAUGUUUUCCCACUUUUAAGGAGAGCCUUAAAUAUAUCCCACUACAUUCAAACACAUUAGCAUAUAAUAUGAUAGUAUUCUGACACGUAAAUACAGAAAAAUACUAAAUGAAAAGUAACAAUUAUGUUUGUAUAUUUAAAUAUUUACCAAGCAAGAGAAACAAAAAAAAAGCUACACAAUACGAGCACAUUUUAUUCUAAUCUUUACUGUGAAUCACAAAGUACUGCAAAUGGCUGCUCAGAUGCUCAGUUAUUUUAAUUAACUGAACUAAACUGAAACCAAACCGAUCGAUCGGUGAUUGCUGUGAUCAGGCCUUACGUGCGGGAAUCAUCAACGUGGAGGAGGUGUCAGAGAGAGAGUAAUUUAGUCAUUUACUGGGACGUGACUUUGGUGAAAUAAGCAAAAAAGAAAGAAAGAAAAAAUGACCACGAACCUCAAACACAUUAGUAUCUUAAACAGAACCAUUUGCACAGCAUAACUGUCACACUAUAAAAUAUAUAUUACCAUAACUGUGUAUAUAAUGUUGUAUCUGUUAUGGAUAUGUUUUGUAUAGUAUUGUAUAUGGUAUUAAUUUUGGUACAUAUUUAUGCAGUGAUUAAUGUGAUCUGUAUAGAUAGUCAUAUUACACAUAGCAUGUAUCUACCUUAUGUAUUUAAUAAGAUACAUAUUUUGUACAGUGAAACUAUUAUUGCGGUUUUGCAGUAGUGUGUGUGUUUUAUUGAUGUAAUCCAACACGUAUCAUGGUAUGAAGUGAUUUAUUUUGUUUUAGUGCUGCAAGAUAGUGACAUAUCAAUAAAAAAAUUAUUUAAAGUGA